AUGGUAGGAUUCGGUACGAGAGACAGAGAUUUAAUCAGGUUAAUUGUAACAAGAAGUGAAAUUGAUUUGGGUGACAUUAAAAUUGCAUUUAAUAAUAAAUACGGUAAAAGUUUGGAAUCUUUCGUCAAGGGUGACACUUCGGGCGAUUAUAAAAAAUGUCUGUUGGCAAUUAUGGAACAAUAA